AUGUCUAGCAUCCGUACUCUCAAGCGCGGUGUCGACCUCGUCGCCGCGAGGGCCGCUGCCCUCCACGCUCCCCGCGCCUCUAUCGGCUCCACUAUGCUGCGGAGGGAGCUCUCCUCCGCGGCCAUCGUCCGCCCAACUGCUCCCCGACCAUUGAGAUCGAAGACUCCAGUUGCAGUUGCAGCUUCACGAGCUGCUAAUCAGGCAGUGCGCUAUGCCUCCAGCUCCAAUGAGUCUCUUAGCAAGACUCAGCUCUAUGAUCUCCACAUCCAGCGCGGGGCGAAGAUGGUCCCUUUUGCCGGCUUUGAUAUGCCCCUCGUGUACUCCGACAUGAGCCAUGUCGAGAGCCACAUGUGGACUCGUGAGAAGGCUAGUCUUUUCGACGUCAGUCACAUGGUGCAGCACCACCUGAGUGGUCCCGGUGCCAUUGACUUGUUGAAGAAGAUUACACCCUCCUCGGUCGACAAGCUGGCCCCCAACACCUCCACCCUGUCUUGUCUCUUGGAAGAUGGCACCGGUGGAAUUGUCGACGACUGUGUCAUCACCCGCCGCACCGAGGACAAGUUCUACUUCGUGACCAACGCCGGCCGCCGCACCGAGGAUCUCGAGUACCUGACCGCCGAGAUUGAAGCCUACCGCUCCCAGCACGGCGCCGACAGCAUCAAGUGGGACAUCCUCGAAGACCGCGCGCUGGUCGCGCUGCAAGGCCCCCUUGCCGCCUCCGUCCUUCAACCACUCAUCAACUCAGCCAACGCCUCCGCCGCUGAGACCGACCUGAGCACCCUCUACUUCGGCAACUGCCGCGAGCUGCACCUCACCCUCCCGGACGGCACUCCCACCCCCAACCCCCUCCUCAUCUCCCGCACGGGCUACACCGGCGAAGACGGCUUCGAGAUCUCGAUCCCAACAACCGGAGCCCCCCAGCUUGCCGAACAAGUCACCGAGCUCCUUCUUUCAGACAACAGCAAGUCCCGCCUAGCCGGUCUCGCCGCGCGUGACUCCCUCCGUCUGGAAGCCGGCAUGUGUCUCUACGGUCACGACAUCACCACGGCCCAGACACCCCCCGCCGCAGCUCUAGGCUGGAUUGUCGGCCGUGAUCGCCGUGACGCGGAAACAGCAACCUUCAACGGUGCCUCUAAGAUCCUCGCCCAGAUCGCCAGCCCGAAGAGCAUCCCCCAGCGCCGCGUCGGUCUUACCGUCGAGAAGGGUCCCCCGGCCCGCGAGGGUGCUAUCAUCGUUGACAUCGCCGACCCCGCCAACCCUGUUGAAGUCGGUAUCGUCACUUCUGGUCUUCCUAGCCCUUCGCUUGGAGGUGCCAACAUUGCUAUGGUGUACGUCAACACUGGGUAUCACAAGAAGGGUACCGAGCUUGGUGUUAAGGUCCGUAACAAGGUCCGCAAGGCCAAGGUUGUUGGUAUGCCUUGGAUUGAGAGCAAGUUCCACCGCCCUCAGUAG